CACAAACACACAGAAUCAUAUGCUGAUUCACAGAAAUCUUUUCUAAGACUGUACAAAAACUCGGCUCACUUCGUGUAUUUCCGGUCGGAGCUGUAUGCAAAUUCCCGGGAGCGAGACUCCCAGGUCAAUGCAAAUGGCGGUGUUCUUGGUGAAUAUCUGUAAGUUCAAGAACUGUGGGCUUAAUUUUGCAUCCUUGGGUGAUCUGAUCCAGCACAUUGAAGAGUCACAUAUAGACACAGACCCAAGAUUUGUAGAAAAGCAAGAAAUACAGCAACCACCCGCCAUUGCUCUAAGUUAUGUUUUAAGGUUUUACACAGAAGGAAUAAAGAGGGAGCCAGUGCAAGAUCUUCAGAGAAAGAAACAGUUACAGCAGCGUGUCCAGUCACCAUCAGUUGCCAUCAGGAGUCUCACACCCACAGGGAGUGAAUUUGAUGAAGAUGAAAUGCUCAGUGAAGAUGAAGACAGCGAUGAUUCCUGGACUACCUCAGACGAGUUUACCACAGAGUUUAUCAUGAGAUACCACAAAAAUAACGGUUUGAACAAUUUAAAGGACAAUAUUGACAACGAAAAGCCAUUUGCAUGCCCAGUACCUGGUUGUAAAAAGAGGUAUAAGAAUGUCAAUGGUAUCAAGUAUCAUGCCAGACAUGGACACAGGAAAGAAAUGAGAGUAAAAAAGCCUUUUAAGUGCAGGUGUGGAAAGAAUUAUAAAACAGCGCAAGGCCUGAGAAACCAUGCACUACAUCAGCACCCUACCACAGAACUUCUCAACAUUCAAACGACCACAUCUUCACCGAUUUCUCCGACAAAAUUCUCCUCCCCAAGCCCUGUAUCCUUGCCCUCUCCACUGACACCGGUGACCCCUACAAUGCCGUCACCCAAGCUGCAGUUGGUACCGACACAAUCCUCACCCCAUUCCACGCAAUCCCAGACCAAGUCUCUCUUUCCUACCAGGAUUGUACAGAACCAGGUAACAGUGGGGUCACUGGGUGCAGUUCAGGCCUCUCUCCCAGCAGGCUUGGUGCAUCAUACGUACAUCCCAAUACAACUCCAGUCUGCCAACGGACAGGUCAACAACCCACAGGCGCAACAGGCAGUCAAGUGAGGUGGCAGUCAUCUUGGUUUUCAUUUAUUGCCAUUUUUGAUUUGGGAUGAAAAAAGUGCAUGUGUAGCUAGCUGCCAGCUUCAUUUUUCAUUAUUUAGGGUAAGGAAAGAAGAAGUACAUUGUUACCAUCUGGUUUUAGUUGUAGGAUAGGGAACGAAAGAGUUGUUAAUCAGUACAUUUAUAACAAUAUUUACUAUGGUAACAGUUAUACAGGCAUCAAACAAUACAAAAUGGUAUGCUAUUGUUUAGAAGACUAGUGUUUAGAAUUUAAUACACCUGUAGUAGAUGUUUGGAUACUUUUUGGUCACAUACUGAUUUUGAAGGUUUAAAAAAAGCAAUUGUUUAUCCAGAUCUAUUCCUGUUGUUAUUUGACGUCAAAUUUGAAUUAAGAGUAGAUCUAAGCAGAAAGAAAGCUGAUUUUGAUUUUGCUUAAUCCUACUGAAAAAUGCAAUUAUCAUCUCAUAAAUUUUGAUUAUUUGGCAAAGUUUUGAUUUCUGAAUCAGUGGUGAUGAAACGCUCUUUAAAGUUUUAUGAAGACUCUGCUGUACUCUGAGUGGAAGAUGUUUAUCUUACAAAAAGGAGCAUUGUACUUGGUCAUCAUCAGGAAUCAUGAUGAAGUUUUACUUACAUUUACUAAGUAAAAUUAUCCUUUCACCUGCUGUAAGUUUAUGAUUGUAACAAUGUUGUAAAUGAAUGUAAUUGUGUAAGAACCAUGUAAGUAUCAAAAGAAACAUUCAACAUUUCAGCUAAACUUUCAGUGAUAAAAAAUGAAAUGUUUGUCUAGGAAAAACUCAUUGUAAAUUAUCAUUGUGAGAGGUGCAAUUUGUGUGUUUCUAUUGUGAGCAAAAUAUUUAUUUGCACUGUUGUCAAAAGAACAACAGAUCAGUUAAAGAAGUUUGAAACUGUAAAGAAAAAUUAUAAACAAGAAAGAGACAUUAGAUUUUGAAAGCGAAGAUUUAAAAAGCAAAGAAAUGUUAAUUGGCAAAAGAAGUGAUGGCCUGUGGAAUUUAAUUGACAGUUGUCCAAUAAGAUUUUUUUAUAUGUUUUAUUUUAGUAAUUUGUAUAUGUAUGUAUAGACAGUGUAGAUAGAAUUGUUAACCACCUGUAAUGNUUUUUUUUUUUUUUUUUUUUUUUUGCAGCUUAUCUGUUUCCAUUUUUGGUAAAUAUUUCAGCCCUGUUGUUACAAUAUGUUUAUAUUAGCAUUGUCAUGGAAUAUAGCUGGUUCUAUUUCCAAAACUAACAAAAGGAAAAAAAAAGUUAUUUUUCCCUGUACAUAUGUUGAGUGUAGCAUAUUUAGCUUGUUAUGAUAGAUUAUAUAUUUUGUCUUUAAGUUAUUUACAUGAAAGACAUACGAAGUCAGAACAGAUAACUGAUUAAGGGAUGUCUUUAAAAGAAACUAUGGGAGCUCUGUGUUGUAUUCACUUGAACAAACGUUGAAGUGGUUAGUAUUUUCAAUGGAAAGACGUACAGUACUGUUGGGGGAUACAAAACUUACGUUUUGCUCACCUAACCAAAAUGCUCACUAAUGAAAUAAGUGGAUGGUGAGCUCAGGGUUUAAAGCUUGCAGUGAAAUGCUGAUUGGAUAUUUUGUUGAAAAAUUGUGGACAUUAAUUAAAUAACAUUUAAAAAGGGAAGUGAUGGAACAAUCAUGUUUUUGUGAUCUGCCAAUUUUCAUUUGUUUUGUUUGUUUAAUAGUUUAUUAGUUGCUUUUCUCUGAGUAUUAUUUUGAUCUCAGCUUUUUUUUAGUGUUGCUUUACUUGGUGCUGUUUAAAGUGUGAAUAACUUAUAUUAAUUAUGUAACAUAUCAAAAUAUUAUUCAGAUGAAACAAGACUGAAAAUGUGCUCUAAAACUAAAGUGCUAGUGAUUAAAAUGAAAGUAAAGUAAUUGUAUUCUUCCUUCGGCACAUAUAAUUCAGUAGAGAAUUCCCAUGUAAUUAAGGAGAGUUACAUGUAGAACUUAAUGUACUGUAAUAUCACAAUAUUAAGAUAGAAUUAGGAAAGUGGAAGUUCAUAGCUCUAUGAUAGAAAGUUUGUGUAAUAGUUAGAAACAUUAAGCUUUGUUCAUUUUAUAAAACCUUUUUUUCUUUUUCUUUUUAUUUAUAAGAUUUUCCCUUCUGCAAAGUUUGCAUCUUCUUAUUCAGAUUUCUAGAAACUCAACUAUCCUAUUUUUAAAGGAUAUGUAUUUGGGCCCAGAACCAUCAUACUUGAAUUCUGAAAUAAGUUUUGAAUCUCAGUUUUGUCUAUUACACAAAGUAUACACUCGUAGAUGUGAUAAGUUUCUGUACAUAAAGUUAUACUGUUACUGAAAAGUAUGAGAAAUGUUGUAAUUUUUCCUUAUCUCUUUAUUCAUUAUGAUAGUAAAAUAUGUACAAAAAAACAAUUUCAGGAAAAAUAAUUAGGUUUAUUUAUUAAUAGAUUAUUUAAUAUAUGAUAAUUGUGAUCUUUUAAAAGCAUUUCGAUAUUUAGUGGCUAGACAUAUUGUGAUUGUGCAUGUUUUUGUAUACUACAACUUCUAUAUAUAGUAAGUUUAUCAGAUAAUAUUAAUAGUUAUCAGUGGAAUUGUGGGCAAGAGUUACGACUGACCUUGAAAUCUGAAUUGAAAUUUUUGAAAGCAGAUAUUUCAAGAUAAUUAUCUUACCAUUUAGGUUGUGUUGUUCCAGAAUAGGCUAGCUUAGUAUGGAUAAAGCAUAUGUUUAUAUGUAGGCAAAUGAUAACUUUGUCUCAGUCUGCUAUUGUUGUUGCUUCCAGGACCAAGCCAUUGUUAACCCAAUCAUGCUUAUUUGGGGUGGGGGCUGGGGGGUUUAAAAAGGCCCACAAAAGGCCCACAAAAGGCCCACAAAAAUGCUAAUGCCCUUAAAUUGCCCCUCUUAAUCUUGGGGGGAAGGUGGUGCACUUUUCCUGGAGUUUUUAAAUCCAUGUGUUAGCAGUUGGAUAUGCUUGCACUAAAUUGUGAGAGAAAAGGCUUUAUUUACUUUUUUUUUUUGUAGUUCAAUUUAUGUAAAAUGCUGAGUUGUGGAAACUUUCCAAGUGCGAAAUUCUACUUAAAGCAAUAUCAUAUUACACAAGUUACUUGAGUUUACCAUGAGGAAUGGCCGAAAUGUACAUAUAAGUUCACUGUGAAAUUGUUGGAAGAAGAGGGUGAGGGUAAAAGUGCACACAUAUUUUUAUUUAUUUUUUUUAUUUCAAGUUGAUAAAUUGGAUUUAAAGCAACAUAAGUGAUAGAAUUACCACUGUUCAUGGUAUCCUCCAGUUUUCUGAAUUUUUGCAAGCUAAGAAAUAUCAAUACGGCAACAGCAGAACAACAAAUGUAAUCAUGUUAUUAUCUUCAUUCUCUUACUCGGCUUAUCAGUUUGAUUGUUUUAAAGUUGUAGGUUGUUAAUUCAUUUAUAGAGAAAUGUGUCAUCAUAGCUGAAAUGAUCAUUCUGAGCUGUCAGUUGUUUAAUGCAUUAUUUGUUCACCUCAGGACCAACUUGCACUGAGCAGAGACCAGUUGAUCACCAGGUGACCAGAGUCUGGUUCCAAGAGACUUUUCCUGAAAAUGGAAAAUUUGUCAACAAAUUUGAACUUUUUAGACUAGGCCCCUGAUUGUUUAACAUCGGAGUUAUGAAGUCUUAGGCAUGAGCUUAAGUAUUUCAUUUUUUAGUUGGCUCUUGGGUGAACACAAUUUUAAAUUCUGACUAUGCUACGAAGGAUCAUCAUAUAGUCUUUACAUGACUGAUAGUAUAUAGAUGGUAAACAGUUUAUAUCUACCAGUGUGUUUUACUGUGGUGUGUAGCUCUCAGUGCUACAGGUGCUAAUUAAGAUAAAUGCUGUAUUGUGGAAUGGAUGAUCUGAUGUAAUGUAUUAUAAAACUUAUACAAAAAAAUCAACUUGAAAAACAAAAGGAAACUUUUAUUCCACAUGUACACAAAAGCAAUACAGGAGCUUUGUUAAAGUGAAUACAGAAAUAAUUAAUAUACAAUUAAGAAAUCAUGCUAAGAAUGGAAAUCUCAUGGAUUUAUGUCUAAAACUGGUUCUCUUUCAAAGUUAUUUUUCUUAUAUGUAAAAUUGUAGAGUGGCACGCAUAAAACAUUUUGAACAUAAACCUGGUGAAAUGGCUGUGAGAUAUAUUCUUGCUGACUGUUUAAAAUGUUUGUUGGUAUUUGUCAUACCGUUCACCAUUCAGUGCUUAAAAAAGGAACAGACUUUACAUAAUAAGCAAAAAUGAAUAUUUAUUAAUUAUGUAUUAUUUGUUUACUUAUUUACAGAAGUAUGAUGUAAUGCAAUAUGUUUGCUGGCAACUGUUACUGUAAUAAACAUAAAUUACAAAAUUUGCUUCAAUAGUCAGAUAAUAAAUAUGUCAUCAAAGAA